AUGGAGGCAGCCCCAGAAGAAAACAAAACAAGUCUUCCAGAGGAAUCCCCAGCUGCAGAGGAAAAAGAGGAAGAUGUGGAACAAGUGGAAUCAGACCAUGGGAGCGUUGAAGGUGAUUUCAAAGAGCAAGAUAAUAGUGAAGAACUCUCGGAGGCACAAACAAAACCUGACCAGGUAGAAAAGAAAAUCUCAGAAACUUUCUUCUAUAAUUAUGAAGACAUAUAUUCACGGCCAUUUGUCACGGAAAACUCUGGGAUACCUGUUAACCUUCUUACUCUUAAACAUUCUUUUGGAUAUGACUGCACCAGAAGGGCAAACCUGCUGAUGAUGGAUAGCCAAACACUGCUGUAUAUAGCAGGCAACUACGUGGUACUCCUAGACCUGAAAACUGAAUCUCAUCGUUAUGUCCGGAGCAGUGGUGGUGGUGGAAUUGGCUUUAUUCUGGCACACCCUACUAAGCAGUACUUUGCAGUAGGAGAAAAAGGAAGGAAGCCAAACCUCAUCAUCUACGAUUAUCCUUCACUGAGACCCUACAGAAUACUGCGAGACGGAACAGAGGAAGCCUAUGUUUUUGGUGAUUUCAAACAUGAUGGCACUUUGCUGGCCAGUGUUGGGAGCAGCCCUGACUACAUGCUGACUAUCUGGGACUGGAAACAAGAAAUGAUUGUGUUGAGGUCGAAAGCUUUUUCACAGGAUGUUUACAAGGUCACGUUUUCUGCUGAUAAUGAAGAACAACUGACUACAUCUGGAGUAGGACACAUCAGGUUCUGGAAGAUGGCUCUCACAUUCACUGGUCUCAAGUUACAAGGAGCUUUGGGCAGAUUUGGAAAAACAGCAGUGUCCGACAUUAUAGGUUAUGUGGAGCUGCCUGAUGGGAAGGUUAUCUCAGGGACUGAGUGGGGCAACUUGCUGCUUUGGGAAGGGGCCCUCAUUAAAGUAGAGCUCUGUCGAGGUGAACGAAAGCCCUGUCACAGUGGCCCUGUCAGCCAGUUAAUUUUGGAGAAAGGAGAACUUCUCACUGUUGGAAAAGAUGGCUUCAUUCGGCUGUGGAACUUUGAGACAAUAGAUGCUGCUGAUUCUGUGGAUGACACAGGGUUACUGGAGGUGGAGCCUAUGAAAGAACUUCAUGUUGGCAAGAAUGUCAGCCUGAGUUUCAUGUCAAAAAUUCAUGACUCUGGACAGGCCUUUUGGUAUGCUCAGGAUAACAAUGGAGCAAUCUGGAAGCUGGAUUUGUCUUUUUCAAAUAUGACCCAAGAUCCAGAGUGCCUGUUUACUUUUCACUCUGGAAGGAUUGAAGCCAUUAGUGUCUCUCCCAUCACAUACCUUUUGGCCACCACUGCUCUUGACGGAUCAGUGCGUAUCUAUGAUUUCAUCAGCGACAGACAACUGAGUGAAAUGAAGUUCAAACAAGGAGGAACAGCACUGACAUGGGCACCUCGUGUUGUAAAUCCUAAAGGAAGUCUAAUGAUUGUGGGGUUUGAAGAUGGCAUUUUCCGCAUAAUUGAAGUUUAUGAUCCCAAAGGACUGCCCGUUAUUGCAGGAAUAGGGACUGCAGAGUUAAAUCUGAGAAAAGCUCUCAAACCUCAUGCUGCUGCAGUUACAGCCCUGGCAUAUGAACGAAAUGGAGCUGUGCUUGCCACAGGGAGUAAAGACAAAACUGUUUUCUUUUUUGCUGUUGAAGAUGAAUAUGAGCCAAUUGGAUUCAUCUGUGUCCCUGGGCCUGUGCAGGCAUUACAGUGGUCUCCACCUUCUCAUGCACAGAGCACACUGCUCAUCCUUUGUGAGAAUGGCUUUGUUCUUCAGGUUCCUGCCCCGGUCCCUGGUGAACAUAAUACAGCGUCCACCUAUCAACUAAAGAACCUGCCGAUGCAGUACUUCCAUUUUCAUAGUAUUAAAUCCCGAAUCAAGCUGGAAGAAGAAAUUGCACUGAGAGAGAAAAAAAGGGAGGAGAAGGAGAAAGCAAAACUUGAAUGGAUAAGGCAGCAACAGGAGAUGGGAAACAAGAUAGAAGAAGAAGCUGAAGAGGAACCCAAGGAAGAGCCAUUGCCACCUAUCUACAUACCAGAGGAACCCAGUCCCAUUCUCUGUGGGUUUUAUUCAGCACCAGGAAAAUUUUGGCUUUCCUUGGGUGGGUAUGACUCAGGGUUCCUCUAUCAUUGUGAAUUCUCACAUGAUGACCAAGAAGACCCUGAAGAUAGGAAAGAUGAACCCUUUGAAGUGAUUCCUAUGGAGGACACCGACAACAAUCCCAUCCACCAAAUCUUCUUCUGUACCAGCAGAGUAUGGAUGUUCUGUGGGAUGCAGAAUGGCUCACUGCGUGCUUAUUCUCUCCAAGAAAAAGACCUCUCAGCAGAUACCCUGAAGGAAUACUGGUCCUUCAGUGUACACGACAAUGAUUAUGGCCAGAUCCGGGGAAUCUGUUCUAGUUAUGAUGAUAGGUUUCUGAUUACCUGCGGUGGAGAUGGAAACAUUUUUACUUUCAACAUCUUGUCUCCAGAGGAUGUUCAGAAAGAGCUAAAAGCCAAAAUCCCCUCUCCUAGGAGUGGUCUUGAGAAGGAGAAGGCUGCUGAAGACAUUGAGGAUUCCAAUACCUACAACAUUGAGGAAGUCAAACAGAAACAGGAGCAUGACCGGAAAAUGAAGGAAGUUGAAGAGAAAAAGCAAAAGAAAAGAGAGAAGUUAAUAGCACUGAGGCAUGAGUUUCUUCUUCUUCUUCAAAAGAAUCAGAAGUUGCCCAAGCACAUGCAACUGCACAGAGAGCAGUUUGAGAUGGAUCGUAAGAUCUUUGAGGAACUGGAUAGGCAGACAGCACAGAGAAUCCAGUUAGUGCAAAAUGAGCUAGCUUGGGAGCAUGAGAAACACUCAAUUGGACUGCAGAAACUGCGAAAACAGUUUCGGGACUCACUUGAAUUUGACACUGUUGUUGUUCAUGCUAUUCAAAGCAACCAUCAAAUUUCCACCUACAGACUUCUAGUAAUGUCUCAUAAAUACUACGAAGGUAAAGAACGUCCAUCUUGGGAAAGGACAGUACUCAAACAGGCAUGGAAACAACCAGAAAAGAAGCAGAUCAGCAUAGAGUCAAAGCGUAUGUAUAGGGCUAAUAAUGGUACUAGAAUUUCUGAGGGUGAGGAAGAAAUUGUGGAGCUCACAGAGGUCCAAAAGCCAACAACCCGUUAUAUAGAAAGCAGACGUGAGAAAGUCAGAAGAUCUGUUGAGAAAUCUGACAAGGUGAAGGCUAAGAUCUUGAAGAGGAAAGCAGAGUGGGAGGAAUUAUACAAGAGCAAACCUAGUGAUGACUAUGAGAGUCCCAAAGAUGUUGAGGAGAUCAAAGCGGCACAGGAAAAUAUAGGAUGUUAUAAGCUGAAGUCUGCCCCUAACUACAGAGUCCCUGAACAAGAGCUUAUGAACAUUGAGAAGAAGGUGACACAGCUUACAUCCCUGGAAGUGUUGAUCCAUAAGAGGAAAGUAAAUAUGAACAAGGAGAUUAUGUCUCUGCGGGAUCUCAAGGUUUCUGUCAUUGAAGAAAUCAAGUGUUUUGUGAAAGAAUUGAAAUGCAUACAAGCAGCCUUGGAUUUACCAGAACGCCUCCCUCUUCCCCUGAUCCCUCAGUUACACCCAGAUGAGGUUCCUGAAAAAAAGUUUGAGUACAACACUGACAUCCUCCUGAAGUUCAAAGAGGAUCAGGAGGCCAAGCCAAAGCCCCAGGGACAAUUGGAAGGGUCUCCUUCAUAUCAUUCAUUUAGGCAAGGGUUUCUUCGAGCUCCGUCCAUUAAAGAGGCUGACUCCAUGACACAGGCUGCAGGUGCACACCAGAUGAAAACAGCCUCAUCUGUGGUCACAGAGCAGCAAAGGGUUUCUGAGACAGAGAAGGCAGAGCCAACAGAAAUAGAACUGGAAAUUCUGAAGAGAGAGAAGAUAAAAAAUCUGUACUUGCAGGAGACCUUGAUUAAAAAGAUCAAUGCACUGGUGAUCAACUUUGAUGCUGAACUUCGCUUUCUGCGUCACAAGAAACUGAAGCUGGAUGUGCAGAUGAAAAAUGCUGAACUGCGCUACGUCACAUGGUAUCAAGAGCUGCUUAUCUUGAAGAACUUUGAGAAACACGAGAACCUUCGCCGGGAACGUAUUACUACCCUCAUCGGUGAACAGGAGGCCAUGCAACCAAAAUUGAAUGACUGCAUUGCACAGAUUGAGGAUAGAAAGUGUGAGAUUAUAAGGCUUCAGGAAUGUGAGAAAGCUCUUUAUGCCAACUUCCAAGCAUCCCUCGGAGAGAACAAUGAGUUUGCUGAUUUUCUGACCAAGGUUCUGAUGAAGAAAGUCAAGUGCGUGGAAAAAAGAGAAAGAGAAGCAGGCGAAGAACAUGUGAAUGAAGAGCAAGAUGAAGAAGAUGAGAAUGAAGAGAAUGAUGGAGAGUCGAGUUUGGGGACUGAUGAAAAUUCUGUAUCUGAAGAUGAAGCCUUUGAUGACUCUGUUUGCCCAGAGAACUGCAGUGAGGCACUCUUCCAAAACACCAUCCAGCUCUGGCAGAAGAGGUUAGAAAUUGAGGAAGCUUUAGCAAAGGAGAAGAAAGUUGCUGCUAACCUCAGAAAGAAAUAUAAUGCCUUGGCCAAAAAGGCAAAAGAACUGGAAACCAGUUUGGACACAGCAGACAGGGAACUGGAUACCUUCCAGCGGGAAAAGCAGCAGAGGAUGAAUGAUCUAUACGUAACUGUGCCUUUGAAACUCCAUCAGGUGGAGUACUUGAUUAAUGGGGAGAUGCCCCAUGAUUUCUCCCAGGCUUUGGUAUUUACCAACCAGUCCUUAGAGUAUUUGCAGAGGAGAAUUGUGGACCUACAUAAAGAAAAGUUAAUGCAAAGACAGAUCUAUAAGGAAGCUCAGGAGCAACAUGAGCAGCUUAUCCAGGACAAAAAGGAGAUGGAGAUAACAAUUCGACAACUGGAAGAGAAGUGCAAUUACCUCAUGAUGAAGAAGUUUGGACGGCUGGUUGAUUUUGAAGCAGUUCAAUCAUACUCUGCUAACAUACGUGUGGAAGAGUUGGAAGUGCAAAUAAUGGAGAAAGAAUAUGAGCACUCCCAGGAGCUCAAAGAGUGGGAGAAAAGAAUCUCACACCUGCAGCAGCAGCUAAUGAAGCUGACAAAGGAAAACAGCAGCAAGCUGCAACAGCUGAACCAGUUUUGUUUUGAAAAGCAUCAACUUGAAACUAAGCUGGCUGCACUGAAGAAUGAUACGGGAAUAGAAUUUCAGCACACCCGAACUACUGACAUCAAAGAGAAGGCCAGGCUGGAGUCACGGCUCAAGCGCAUCGCUGGUGACACAGCCCUCCUAAGACAAGAAAUCAGUCUUCUAAACAGAAAAGGUGGGUACUGAACUCACUGUCCUCAGCAGAAAGGAUGAGUGCUUCUUUCUACAACCUUUUUAACCACAGAAUCCUGAGACACCAACUGCAUCAUUCCCUGUUCUUACACCAGAAACUGUUAGUUUUUCUAAGUUUUAUUAUUUUCCCUUAAAAAUGGAUGUAGUUAACUAUGGCAGUAGUCACACUUGGAAGUGUGAAAUUAAUUCCUUUGGCUAUGCAGGGGUUUAGUUUUAAUGGCUAUGUUUGUUUCUCCAAU